AUGGCAGUUUUGAAAUCUGGAGGGAACGCCGUCGAUGCGGUAGAAGUCGCAAUCAAAUUUCUUGAAGACCACGAAAUUACAAACGCUGGUUAUGGUAGCAACUUGACUCUCAACGGUACAGUUGAAUGUGACGCGACGAUUGUCGAUCAUCUCGGUCGAAGUGGAGCUGUUGGAGCGGCAGAAAAUAUUAAAAAUCCCAUUGCUGCUGCUCGUCUUAUACUGGAUGCCUCAACCAGGCCUCUAGCUUUUCACCGUGUACCUCCAAAUUUGAUCACAGGUCCUGGUGCAACAGAUUUUGCCCGGAGUCAGGGAAUACCGGUCCUCCCUACAAAUUCCUUAGUCUCCAGGAGUGCUCGUCAGCGGUGGAUUCAAUGGAACCAUGAGCUACAAUUGCUAGAAUGCCAACGCCAGAAGAAGGAGUGGGAUUUGGAGCACCUCUCCUCGCGAAAAUCAACCCCAGGGCCUGGUGGAUCAAGCCCUAGCUCAUCCCGUCGUUCAGUUCGCAGCUCAAAUUCGCCCUGUAAUUUUGACCGUUUGCAAUAUACUCCGAGCCCCGACGGAUCUGUCAAGGAUGUCCAGAUGGAAGCUGUGUUGGAAACGGAUACCGCUUCCGCCCAACCUAUGCUCAAUAUGGCUGAGAAUAGGGUCAUUGAUUUUGACUCGGGCAUAGAGAAUAAUACAGAAUAUGUCGACCACCAUAUGCCUUGUCUAUCAGCUCCGCGACAUGUUUCUACACUUCCAGACAGCCCAUCUUUGAUACCUGGAGUGACUGAUACUGCCACCGAAAAUGAAACAUCCAACACUCUUCGAACCUUGAACGGAGAUAUCUUGAUGGAAAUUGAUGAUCAUAUUAGUGACACAGUAGGUGCAAUUGCGAUCGAUUGUCAUGGAAACAUCGCCGCAGGGUCUUCUUCUGGAGGAAUUGGAAUGAAGCACUGUGGCCGAACUGGGCCGGCCGCACUGGUCGGGGUUGGGACAGCGGUCGUUCCGGUAGAUCCGAAGGAUGUAGAGGUGACUUCUACUGCGGCAGUCACUAGUGGCACAGGCGAACAUAUGGCAACUUGCAUGGCAGCUGCUGCAUUUGCGGAGCGAAUCUACAGCAGCACUAGGAAACUUCCAGGCCAGCUGGGCGCUCUUGAAUCGGUCUCAGAAGACGAAGCUUUGCGAAGCGUGAUUGAACAUGAAUUUAUGGGUUAG